UCUGACAUUUCUGUCAAAAAUUUUUGUUCGUAUACCUUUGUCAACGUAGGUGAAAAGACUCUGCCUUGUGAAAAACUUAUUUUAAAAAUGUUUAUAGGGAGAUAGCAUUGGACAAAAUGAACAAAAAUAUGAAUUCGCCAUCUAAGCUUACGGAGUUCGCUCCAUUAAGUCCUGAAGAAAGCCAACCUGUUGUAGCUUCUUUAUUUUCAAAAUUUUUUAACUUUACCAAAAGUUCACAGAAUGUUGAUGAUUCUACAAUUUCUUCCACUAAUGAGGAACAAAGCUCAUCUGAUUCCGAAUCCUGGAAACAAUCAGAAAGUACUGAAAAAUCACCUGAAGAUGAUAGUUCAAGUAUGAUGAAUUUUCCUUUAGAUACUCGUGAAGGCAGAAGUUUACCAAAUGUAUUAAAACGUAUUAGUAAUAUAGUAGCCUUAAAAAGUAAUAAUUUACGUUCGUACAAAGAUUCGCAAUUAAGGAGUUAUUGGAUGCCAGACAGUGUAAGCAAACAGUGUUAUGAAUGUGGUGAACGUUUCACAACAUUUCGCAGAAGGCAUCACUGUCGUGUCUGUGGUCAAAUAUUUUGUUCAAAAUGUUGUUCUGAUCAAAUUCCUGGAAAAAUUAUGGGAUGCACUGGUGAUCUUAGAGUUUGUACAUAUUGCUGCAAAGUAGUUUUGUCUUACUUACAAUCAUCAGAUAUGAGAAGUGAUCUGUCAGCAGAUUUAAAAGCACUGCAAGAAGAUCUUCAAGUUAAAUAUGGAAAUAAUUCACCACCAAUAACUCAAAAAUGUAUAAGUGAAUCAGUAGAAGAUGAAACUUCAAUUUGUAGAAAACCAAGUGUGGGAUAUAUGGAAGAAAAAUAUGCUAUUGGACGACCAACAACUAGUUAUUUAACAUCUCAAGAACGUUCUAUUGUAUUACAAAACUCAGCAUCUUUGAGAAUGAUUUAUGAAGAAUUAUUUAGAUCCAGCCAAGCAAUUUUAUUACAAACACAUAGGGUUAGACUGAAAAGUUAUCAUAAUUGUUUUCUCGCUAAUGAAUUAGUAAAUUGGAUGAUAGCACAAAAUAAGGCAGCUACUCGUGUGCAAGCUACUGCUAUGGGACAAGCUCUGCUGGAAGCAGGUUUCAUUGAACCAGUAGUUGCUGAUAAUGUAUUUAGUGAUACAGCAACUGUAUUUAAACCAGUAAAAUUAUCUCAUAUACAAAGUAUGGAUUUAUUAAUUGAAACUCAAAAUACCUGUGAUUCUCAAGAACCUGCGUGGGUAAAAACAAUUCCACAACAUGAUUCAACUACUGGUAAUAUACAAUCAUAUUACACUGUUACAUUAAAAAGACCUACAUCAGAAGAUUUAACUACAAUUUCUGUAGAUAGUAGUGAUGGUGUAAUUGAACAAAAAGAAGUUACCGUGAAGUCACAUAAAUGUAAUUUCAAAAUUGCUGAUGACCUUUUAAAUGAUACUCUACAGGUCCAAGAAUUUAAAGAAAAAAAUGGUUGGCAUAAACCAACAAAUCUUCGAAUUGCAUUUGGAGAAUUGCAUGCAUAUGAAUGUUUAACAUCUGCAUAUAAACAACAUGAAGAUUCACUAAUUAAACAACUUCUUAAUAAAGAAGGUUUAUCACAAAGUUGGUCAGAAGUAAUACUCUCUAUUGCCCAUCAAAUUAUUGAUUAUGUUCGACCAGAUUUAAAUCAUAAUAUUGAUGAUUUAGAUAUUCGACAAUAUGUACAAAUAAAAAAAUGUCCAGGUGGAAGUAGAGAUGAUUGUGAAAUUCUGUCUGGUGUAGUUUGUACAAAAAAUGUUGCACAUAGAGGAAUGAAUGCAAUGAUAGCUCAUCCAAAAAUUUUGUUACUUCAAUGUGGACUCAUGUAUCAACGCGUAGAAGGAAAAUUACUAAGUUUAGAACCUGUGAUGUUACAAGAAAAUGAGUAUUUGGGGCAUACAGUUGCUAGGAUCACUGCUCUAGGUCCAGAUAUUGUUUUGGUACAUCGUUCUGUAUCAAGAUUAGCACAAGAUAGGCUUAGGGAAUGUGGAGUAACACUUGUUCUGAAUGUAAAACUCAGUGUUCUUGAAAGAAUUGCACGAUGUACUGGUGCUAAUAUCAUAAAUACCAUUGAUGCACAUAUAAGUGCAAGAUAUAUGCUUGGUACAUGUAAAAAAUUUUAUUUGCGGAACUUUUCAUGUGAAAAAAAUGGUAUUAAAACAUUAAUGUAUUUUGAAGGAUGUGCAAAUCCACAUCUUGGAGCUACCAUCUUAUUACGAGGUGGUUCUCAACCAGAAUUAAAAAAAGUAAAAAAUGUAACUUCAAUGAUGAUUUUUGCUGCAUAUUCUUGGCGCCUUGAAAAAUCAUUUCUUAUGGAUGAAUUUGCAAAACCGCCAUCCUCUAAAGAUAAUUCAUUUUUGGAUGAAACGUCAUACAAAGAUUUUAAGGAAUUUCAACAAGGCAAUAAAAUAUCGCAGACCAAAGUUUCUGAUGAAAAUGAUGUGUUAUUGAUUCAUAGCAAAGAGUAUGCAGAUAGUACAGAAAUUUUAAAAAUAUCAGAAGUUCAAGAAGAUUCUGGAAAUAUAACGAAUGAUAUACAUUUAGAAAUAGAACUUUCAGCAAAUGGAAGUACACCAAUAAAAGAUAUAGUCUCAUGUCAGACUGAGAACAAAUUAACUUCUGAGUCUGUUAAACAAAUAUCUUCUAUAUUAUCUGAAGAUGCUGAUCCAUAUGAUACUUUGAAAUUAUUCAAACCUAAAACAAAAUCUGUAAUUGAUGAAAAAGGUGCAGGAGAUAGCCUAAUAACCAAAAUAAACAAUGAUAAUUCAUGCAAUAGUUCCAGUCUUGAUGUGGAUUGUAAGGAUGAUCUAAAUAGUACAAUGGAUUUAUUUGGUGGUAAGACUAUUAAGAAAGUAAAUAAAAAUGGUAAAGAAGAAGCUGAAAAAUCAAAAACAAAAGAUAGGGUUGUCUCAGAAGAAAAGCGUAUUUAUGGUGAAUCUAUUAGUGAUCGUAGUGAUCCCCUUCAUCAGUAUUUAAAUGAAGAUGAAGAUGUCUUCAGUCAGACUAGUCCAAAUGGUCAACAUUUAAGUGUUGCAGAUUUACCAUUAUUAAAUAAAUUUAAGAAAGCAUUAGAGGGUACUAUAUUAAGUGUUUCUCCUUAUUUAAAAUUUUCUGUACCUUACUUAGAAACAGAGACUGGAAGGAAUUGCAUAUUAAGGAAUUUCUUUCCAAGAGAAAUCUUUUAUUCCGUUCAAUUUGUGGAUAAAAUAAAAGAAAUUAAAACGAAUAAUGUAUGUGUAGAACAAUCUGUAACAGAAAAUCCAUUAAUGAAAUUAAAAUUAAAACCGCAACAUCCAUUUGUUCAGGCAAAAUUAACUACAGAUGCGGAUAGUCGAGAGGUACAAGCUUUAUUAGCUAACUUUAGGGCAUGUGGUAGUCGAUUAUAUCCAACGAAUAAUGUUUUAUUAGACAAACAAAUUUUAAUGCAAUCAGAAGUAAAUGAACAACCUCCUAUGUGGCCUGAUUGCUUAGAUCCUGCUAGUCAUCAACGUUUGUCUGUGUUAUUUUGUAGUUUUUCGCAUACUGGUAAUAAUGAUACACCUGCAUUUUGUGUAAAUCCUUGGGUAGUUAAUAUGGAUUUAUAUGGAAGAAAUGAUAUCGCACUUGGACGUUUUUUAGAACGUUAUUGUUUAACAUCUGAAUAUAAAUGUCCUGCUCAAGCAUGUCGAGCACAAAUAGCUCAUGUUCGACGAUUCGCACAUGAUGGUGGAUGUAUACAUAUUAGCUUGAGUGAAAUGAGUACUGAACCGUUUUCUCAAGAAAAUGCUAAUCAAAUUUUAAUGUGGAGUAAGUGUAUGAAAUGUAAAAGUGUUUCUGCAGUAGUGCCUAUGUCAGAUGAUACUUGGUCUUUAUCUUUUGCAAAGUAUUUGGAAUUACGCUUUCAUGGAAAUGCGUACACUAGACGCGGAACGGAUACUUGUCAGCACUCGCUUCAUCACGAUCAUUAUCAAUAUUUUACAAAGAAAAAUAUGCUGGCAGUAUUUAAAUAUACAAAAAUAUCGCAAUGGGAGAUUUCAUUACCACCUCCUUUAAUAAAUAUUAUGUAUGAUCCAAAGCAACAUGCAGACGUAAUAGAAGAAAUGAAAAGUAUAGCAUUGAAGGGAGAUGAAGUUUUUUCUUGCAUACGAGAAAAAUUGACAACUAUACAAACGGAUAUAGAUAUUUUAAAUGCUGCCAAACAGCAAUUAACUAAAGAUCAACAAUAUUUCAAAAAUAAAAUAGAAGAAAUUCAAUUAAAAUUAACAUCUCCAACUUUAGAGAAUAAAAAGCUUGAAGGAAAAGUGUCUGAAAAACAAGUACAAGCUUUGAUGUUCAGAAUUGAAGAUGGAAUAGUAAUUCUUAAACGAUUAAUAUCAGAAGUUGUAUUUACUUGGAAUGCAAAAAUUUUGGAAAUGUCAGUUAAAAAGAAGGAUGAGAGACCACGACGAUUUACUGAACGAUCGUUAACAACUGGAAGCAAUAGUAUAAUCGAUACAGAUGGAUAUAUAACAGAAGAUACAGCAUCAGAAUCACAGAUAGAAGAUUUGAGUCCCAUGUCAGCAGACUAUAAUGCUGUUGAUGCUAUUGCUGCUAUACAAAAUGAUUUACAAGGAAUGGAAGGCAUAGAAAAUUCUGACAAUGAAGUUUUAGAAAAUAAUAAUCCGGAAGAUAUUAUUGUCAUACAAGGAUCUCCAAAAAUGCAUCAAAGAUCACAUUCUGAUGUUCUGCCUAUCACUUUUGAUGAUUUGCCAGAUAAGAAAAAAAAGAAAAAGACAAUUUUGUCACAAUUAUUACCUUCUGUGCCUGUUAUUCAACCAAUAUCAAAUCCUUUAGGGACUUUGGAACAUCACUUACUUCCUCUUGGAUCAGUUGUUCCUAUAGUAGUAUAUGAAUCAGAGCCUUCAUCCAUUAUUGCAUAUGCAUUAGAUUCACACGACUAUAAACAUGCACUUCAUGAAUUAAUGCGUACGACAAAAGGACCCGACUUAAAUCCUAGUCCAUUGAAUAAACGUAAAUUUCCCGAAAAUAAAGAGAAUCUUCCUGAUGUGAUGCAAUCUGGAGAAUUCAAACGACCGUCCGUUUUAUCAUUUUUCCGAGGAAAUAGUCCAAAUUCUGCAAGUCCUCUAGAUUCUGAUAAAAGCAUUUCAAAUGUAGAUUAUAGUGUACAAAAUUCAUUAACUACUACAGAUACGGAUGAAGAUAAAAAAAUAACAAAACAAAAUUACAUCGAAGUUCAAUUCAACGACGCAACAACAAAUUUCUAUUGUAGAAUAUAUUUUGCUGCACAAUUUGCUGCUUUUAGAGAAAAUGUUUUACCGUGUGGAGAAGAUGGUUUUACCAGAAGUUUAAGUCGAAGCGUACAAUGGGCGGCAAGAGGUGGAAAAAGCGGAAGCACUUUCUGUAAAAGUCGAGAUGAUAGGUUUAUUAUAAAGGAGAUGUCUAGAUUAGAAAUGCAAAUAUUUCUUGAAUUUGCACCAAAUUAUUUUUCUUAUAUGGAAAAAUGCCAACAAACCAAGCAACCGACAUUGUUGGGAAAAAUAGUUGGUGUUUACAGAGUAUCUUUUAAAAAUAAUACCACAAAUGCAGCACUUCGAACUACCGUAUUAGUGAUGGAAAAUUUAUUUUAUAAAAGAUCGAUAACGGACAAAUUUGAUUUAAAAGGAUCUAUAAGAAAUCGACUUGUAAACCCCGAUGACAUGUGUCACGAAGGAGAACUCGUAUUACUCGAUGAAAAUUUAUUAAACAUGAGUUGUGAUUCGCCGCUCUAUAUUAGAUCACAUUCCAAAGCAGUUUUAAAUAAAGCCAUUGAACAAGACACGAAAUUUCUAGCUGAUAAUUCUGUGAUGGAUUAUUCACUAUUAGUGGGUUUAGAGCCAAAUUCGGAUGAACUUGUCUUAGGCAUAAUAGAUUACAUAAGAACGUUUACUUGGGAUAAGAAAUUAGAAACAAUGGUGAAGAAAUCUGGCAUACUAGGUGGGCAAGGAAAGUUGCCAACGAUAAUAUCACCGGAGGAAUAUCGAUCUCGUUUCAUAGCCGCUAUGCAUCGAUAUUUUUUACCUGUACCAGACAGAUGGUCUGAUUUAGGUAAAGGUGUAGAAACGUGAAAGAUGUAAAUCCAAAUAGCGAGAUUUUCAGUCCUUUACAAAUACUGAUACUAAACAUUGUAUAUAUAUUUUCUAUGCAGCUGACAUACGUGUAAC